GAGGAGCUGAGACCAGCUCGGAAAGCUGCAACACUUACACUGAAGUUGGUGCUACCACCUUCCACCAUGCAAGUCAUUGCAGUCCUUCUGUGCCUACUGCUCACAGCAGCCAACUUCAGCUCCCUUCUGCUGGCUCAGCCAGAUGGUGUUAAUAUCUCCACCUGCUGCUAUAAACGGAGCCAGAGGAUUCGGGUGCAGAGACUAGAGAGCUACACAAGGAUCACCAGCAGCAAAUGCCCCUGGCAAGCUGUGAUCUUCAAGACCAAAUUUAACAGAGAAAUCUGUGCUGACCCCAAACAGCAGUGGGUACAGGAUUCCAUGAAGUACAUAGAUAAGAAAUCCAAAACUCCAAAGUCUUGAAUACUCACACAGGAACUGAAGCCAUGUCCAGACUUGAGAUGCAAACAAUCUUAUGCUCCCUGUCAUUUGUGAGACUUGAUCAAUAUACUAUAAUCCCAAGGAAAAUGAGCUAUGUGUAAUAUGAAGUAUAGUUUUUCUUCAGUUCUGAUUUUUAAAGUUACCAAUAUGUUAAUUCAGUUUGUUGUGAAUUUGGCAUGGUAUGAAUAUAAAACUCUGGAUUCACCAAGUCUCAUUAGUCCUAAAAACUUGAGAUGCUUCUCUUUGUCUACCUUGAUACAAGAUUAUGAAGGAUUUUAUAAAAAUCAGUGCAAAGUCUGUUCAAGAAAUGUUUUAGGAAGAAAACAUAAUGUUAUUAUACAAUAGAAUAUUUCAUAUGUGUAUGACAUCUGUAUUUUCAAUAAAAUAUAUUUUUGCAUU